CUCGCCCUGGCCCCGCACACCUCAGCUCGGCUCCUCAGCCGCCACCGGCGCGUCGCUGCCCCGCGGGACUCCAGGCGAGCCGGGAGGAGACCCUCUUCUUUGGGGGGCGACUUUUGUUUUUUUGUCGGCUUCUUCCUGGUGACUUUUGCAACUUUCUAAGAUUUGUUCCCGGAACGCACGGGAAUCCGCCGAGGCGCUGCGUGCAGGCCCUUUUUUUUUUUUCUUUUGAGGUCCGCUUUCUUUGUAACUUUACGCCUCGGCUGCUCGGGUUACUUUUGUAAUUUCCCGCCCCCGCCCGCUGGCGGUCCUGGAGUCGCUAGGGGCCGUGGCCCGGGGGAUGCAACGUGGACCGCGCGGGGCUGCCGGCCACAUCGCCGCCGCGCCUCGCCGCCCGCUGCGCUAGAGCCCGCGUCCCGCCCGCAGCCAGGGGGCCGGCGCUCGGUCCGGGGCUCCCGCUACUGCAGGGAGCCCAAGCCCCAGGGAGUCUUGGGAGCCGACGGAGGGCUUGUUAGACCCUGACUUUUUUCAGGCCGCGCAGAUUUUGUCUCCCAGCACUCUCUUCUCCGCGGACCCUGGUCCGCGCGCUCUCGGCGCCCGCGAUGGGGAGACGGCGGCGGCUGUGUCUGCAGCCCUACUUCGUGUGGCUGGGCUGCGUGGCGCUCUGGGCGCAGGGCACGGCUGGCCAGCCCCAACCUCCACCGCCCAAGCCCCCCCGGCCCCAGCCGCCGCCGCAGCAGGUCCGACCCGCGGCGGCGGGCUCUGAAGGCGUGUUCGCGGUGCCUGAGUACCGCGAGGAGGGCGCCGCGGCUGCCAACCGGGUCCGCAGGCGAGGACAGCAGGACGUGCUUCGAGGGCCAAACGUGUGCGGAUCCAGGUUCCACUCCUAUUGCUGCCCGGGAUGGAAGACGCUUCCUGGAGGAAACCAGUGCAUUGUCCCAAUUUGUAGAAAUAGUUGUGGAGAUGGAUUUUGUUCCCGUCCUAACAUGUGUACUUGUUCCAGUGGCCAAAUAUCACCAACCUGUGGAUCAAAAUCAAUUCAGCAGUGCAAUGUCAGGUGCAUGAAUGGAGGAACUUGUGCAGAUGACCAUUGCCAGUGCCAGAAGGGAUAUAUCGGAACUUACUGUGGACAACCUGUCUGCGAAAAUGGGUGUCAGAAUGGUGGACGUUGUAUUGGACCUAACCGCUGUGCUUGUGUUUAUGGAUUCACUGGUCCACAGUGUGAAAGAGAUUACAGGACAGGCCCUUGUUUCACUCAGGUCAACAACCAGAUGUGCCAAGGGCAGCUGACAGGCAUUGUCUGCACUAAGACUCUGUGCUGUGCCACCAUUGGACGGGCCUGGGGCCACCCCUGUGAGAUGUGUCCUGCCCAGCCUCAGCCCUGCAGACGGGGCUUUAUCCCCAACAUCCGCACUGGAGCUUGCCAAGACGUUGAUGAAUGCCAGGCGAUUCCUGGGAUAUGCCAGGGAGGAAACUGUAUCAAUACGGUGGGCUCUUUUGAAUGCAAAUGCCCUGCAGGUCACAAGCAGAGUGAAACCACUCAGAAGUGUGAAGACAUCGAUGAGUGCAGCAUCAUUCCUGGGAUAUGUGAGACUGGCGAGUGUUCCAACACCGUGGGAAGCUAUUUUUGCAUUUGUCCACGUGGCUACGUCACCUCAACAGAUGGCUCUCGGUGCAUUGAUCAGAGAACAGGCACGUGUUUCUCGGGCCUGGUGAAUGGUCGCUGUGCGCAAGAGCUCCCAGGCAGAAUGACGAAAAUGCAGUGCUGCUGUGAGCCCGGCCGCUGCUGGGGCAUCGGAACCAUUCCUGAGGCUUGUCCCGUCAGAGGCUCUGAGGAAUAUCGCAGACUUUGCAUGGAUGGACUUCCAAUAGGAGGGAUUCCAGGGAAUGCUGGUUCCAGACCUGGAGGCACUGGGGGGAAUGGCUUUGCCCCAAGUGGCAAUGGCUAUGGCCCAGGAGGGACAGGCUUCAUCCCCAUCCCUGGAGGCAAUGGCUUUUCUCCUGGAGUUGGGGGAGCUGGUGUAGGGGCUGGGGGACAGGGGCCCAUCAUCACUGGACUAACUAUUCUGAACCAGACGAUAGAUAUCUGUAAGCACCACGCUAAUCUCUGUUUAAAUGGGCGUUGCAUACCUACUGUGUCUAGCUAUCGAUGUGAAUGCAACAUGGGGUAUAAGCAGGAUUCAAACGGGGAUUGCAUAGAUGUUGACGAAUGUACAUCAAAUCCCUGCACUAAUGGAGAUUGUGUUAACACACCUGGAUCCUAUUAUUGUAAAUGUCAUGCUGGAUUCCAGAGGACUCCUACUAAGCAAGCAUGCAUUGAUAUCGACGAGUGCAUCCAGAAUGGGGUUCUUUGUAAAAACGGUCGGUGUGUGAACACAGAUGGAAGUUUCCAGUGCAUUUGCAACGCUGGCUUUGAAUUAACUACAGAUGGAAAAAACUGUGUUGAUCAUGAUGAAUGUACAACUACUAACAUGUGUUUGAAUGGGAUGUGCAUUAAUGAAGAUGGUAGCUUCAAGUGCAUCUGCAAGCCAGGAUUUGUCUUGGCUCCAAAUGGGCGUUACUGUACUGAUGUUGAUGAAUGCCAGACCCCAGGAAUCUGCAUGAAUGGACACUGCAUCAACAACGAAGGGUCCUUCCGCUGUGACUGUCCCCCAGGCCUGGCUGUGGGUGUGGAUGGACGCGUGUGUGUUGAUACUCACAUGCGCAGUACGUGCUAUGGUGGAAUCAAGAAGGGAGUGUGUGUCCGUCCUUUUCCAGGCGCGGUGACCAAGUCCGAAUGCUGCUGUGCCAAUCCUGACUACGGUUUUGGGGAGCCCUGCCAGCCCUGCCCUGCUAAAAAUUCAGCUGAAUUCCAUGGUCUUUGUAGUAGUGGAGUAGGGAUCACUGUGGAUGGAAGAGAUAUCAAUGAAUGUGCUUUGGAUCCCGAUAUAUGUGCCAAUGGAAUUUGUGAAAAUUUACGUGGUAGUUAUCGUUGUAAUUGCAACAGUGGCUAUGAACCAGAUGUCUCUGGAAGAAACUGUAUUGACAUUGAUGAGUGCUUGGUCAACAGACUGCUCUGUGACAAUGGCCUAUGCAGAAACACACCUGGGAGUUACAGCUGCACAUGCCCCCCUGGGUAUGUGUUCAGGACUGAAACAGAGACAUGUGAAGAUAUAAAUGAAUGUGAAAGCAACCCAUGUGUCAAUGGGGCCUGCAGGAACAACCUUGGAUCUUUCAAUUGUGAAUGUUCUCCUGGCAGUAAACUCAGCUCAACAGGAUUGAUCUGUAUUGACAGCCUGAAAGGAACAUGUUGGCUCAACAUCCAGGACAACCGCUGUGAGGUGAACAUUAAUGGAGCCACUCUGAAGUCGGAAUGCUGUGCCACACUCGGAGCUGCCUGGGGAAGCCCCUGUGAACGGUGUGAACUAGAUACAGCUUGCCCAAGAGGGUUUGCCAGGAUUAAAGGUGUUUCUUGUGAAGACGUUAAUGAGUGUGAGGUAUUUCCUGGCGUUUGUCCAAAUGGACGCUGUGUCAAUAGCAAAGGAUCUUUUCAUUGUGAGUGUCCCGAAGGCCUCACAUUGGAUGGAACUGGCCGUGUGUGUUUGGACAUCCGCAUGGAGCAGUGUUACUUGAAGUGGGAUGAAGAUGAAUGUGUCCAUCCUGUUCCUGGAAAGUUUCGCAUGGAUGCCUGCUGCUGUGCAGUGGGGGCAGCUUGGGGCACGGAGUGUGAGGAAUGCCCCAAACCUGGCACCAAGGAGUACGAGACCCUGUGCCCCCGGGGGCCGGGCUUUGCUAACAGAGGGGACGUUCUUACUGGGCGGCCAUUUUACAAAGAUAUCAAUGAAUGCAAAGCUUUUCCUGGGAUGUGUACUUACGGCAAGUGCAGAAAUACAAUUGGCAGCUUCAAGUGCCGUUGCAACAGUGGCUUUGCUCUGGACACAGAGGAAAGAAACUGCACAGACAUUGAUGAGUGCAGGAUUUCUCCUGACCUCUGUGGAAGUGGCAUCUGUGUCAACACGCCCGGCAGCUUUGAGUGUGAGUGCUUCGAAGGCUACGAAAGUGGGUUCAUGAUGAUGAAGAACUGCAUGGACAUUGACGAAUGUGAACGUAACCCUCUCCUUUGUAGGGGUGGCACCUGUGUGAACACUGAGGGCAGCUUUCAGUGUGACUGUCCAUUGGGGCACGAGCUGUCACCGUCACGUGAGGACUGUGUGGAUAUAAAUGAAUGCUCCCUGAGUGACAAUCUCUGUAGAAAUGGAAAAUGUGUGAACAUGAUUGGAACCUAUCAGUGCUCCUGUAAUCCUGGGUACCAGGCCACGCCAGACCGGCAGGGCUGUACGGAUAUCGACGAGUGUAUGAUUAUGAAUGGAGGCUGCGACACGCGGUGCACGAACUCAGAAGGCAGCUAUGAAUGCAGCUGCAGCGAGGGCUAUGCCCUGAUGCCCGACGGGAGGUCGUGCGCGGAUAUUGACGAAUGUGAAAAUAAUCCUGACAUCUGUGAUGGCGGCCAGUGUACCAACAUUCCUGGGGAGUACCGCUGUCUGUGUUAUGAUGGCUUCAUGGCUUCAAUGGACAUGAAAACGUGCAUUGAUGUGAAUGAGUGUGACUUAAAUUCAAACAUCUGCAUGUUUGGGGAAUGUGAGAACACCAAGGGAUCCUUCAUCUGCCACUGUCAGCUGGGUUAUUCCGUGAAGAAGGGGACCACAGGAUGCACAGAUGUUGACGAGUGUGAAAUUGGUGCCCACAACUGUGACAUGCAUGCCUCCUGUCUCAACGUCCCGGGAAGCUUCAAGUGCAGCUGCAGAGAAGGCUGGGUUGGAAAUGGCAUCAAAUGCAUUGACCUGGACGAAUGUUCGAAUGGAACCCACCAGUGUAGCAUCAAUGCUCAGUGUGUAAAUACCCCAGGCUCCUACCGAUGUGCCUGCUCUGAAGGGUUCACUGGAGAUGGCUUUACCUGCUCAGAUGUCGAUGAGUGCGCAGAAAACAUCAACCUCUGCGAAAACGGGCAGUGCCUCAACGUCCCGGGUGCCUAUCGCUGCGAGUGUGAGAUGGGCUUCACUCCAGCCUCUGACAGCAGGUCCUGCCAAGAUAUUGAUGAAUGCUCCUUCCAAAAUAUUUGUGUGUUUGGAACAUGUAAUAAUUUGCCUGGAAUGUUUCAUUGUAUCUGUGAUGAUGGUUAUGAAUUGGACAGAACCGGAGGGAACUGCACAGAUAUUGAUGAGUGUGCAGAUCCCAUAAACUGUGUGAAUGGCCUAUGUGUCAACACUCCUGGUCGCUAUGAGUGUAACUGUCCCCCGGAUUUCCAGCUGAACCCCACUGGUGUGGGAUGUGUUGACAACCGAGUGGGCAAUUGCUACCUGAAGUUCGGGCCUCGAGGAGACGGGAGUCUGUCCUGCAACACCGAGAUUGGGGUUGGCGUGAGCCGUUCCUCCUGCUGCUGCUCCCUGGGGAAGGCCUGGGGGAACCCCUGCGAGACGUGUCCCCCUGUCAAUAGCACUGAGUAUUACACCCUGUGUCCCGGAGGUGAGGGCUUCAGACCCAACCCCAUCACAAUCAUCUUAGAAGAUAUCGAUGAAUGCCAGGAGUUACCAGGUCUCUGCCAGGGUGGAAACUGCAUCAACACUUUUGGAAGCUUCCAGUGCGAGUGCCCGCAAGGCUACUACCUCAGCGAGGAGACCCGCAUCUGUGAAGAUAUCGACGAGUGUUUCGCACACCCUGGCGUGUGCGGGCCCGGGACGUGCUACAACACACUGGGGAAUUACACCUGCAUCUGUCCACCUGAGUACAUGCAGGUCAAUGGAGGCCACAAUUGCAUGGACAUGCGAAAAAGCUUUUGCUACCGAAGCUAUAACGGAACCACUUGUGAGAACGAACUGCCUUUUAAUGUGACAAAGAGGAUGUGCUGCUGCACAUACAAUGUGGGCAAAGCCUGGAACAAACCGUGCGAGCCGUGCCCGACCCCAGGAACAGCUGACUUUAAAACCAUAUGUGGAAAUAUCCCUGGAUUCACCUUUGACAUUCACACCGGAAAAGCUGUUGACAUUGAUGAGUGUAAAGAGAUCCCGGGUAUUUGUGCAAACGGCGUGUGCAUCAACCAGAUUGGCAGUUUCCGUUGUGAAUGCCCCACGGGGUUCAGUUACAAUGACCUGCUCUUGGUCUGCGAAGACAUUGACGAGUGCAGCAACGGUGACAAUCUGUGUCAGCGGCAUGCAGACUGCCUCAACAGCCCGGGCAGUUACCGCUGUGAGUGUGCAGCUGGCUUCAAGCUCUCCCCCAAUGGAGCCUGCGUAGAUCGCAACGAAUGUUUAGAAAUUCCUAAUGUUUGCAGUCAUGGCCUAUGUGUUGACUUGCAAGGAAGUUACCAGUGCAUCUGCCACAAUGGCUUUAAGGUGUCCCAGGACCAGACUAUGUGCAUGGAUGUUGAUGAGUGUGAGCGACAUCCAUGUGGGAAUGGAACUUGUAAAAACACGGUUGGAUCCUACAACUGUCUCUGCUACCCAGGGUUUGAACUCACUCAUAAUAACGAUUGCCUGGAUAUAGAUGAAUGCAGCUCCUUUUUUGGUCAGGUGUGCAGAAAUGGGCGGUGUUUCAAUGAAAUUGGCUCCUUCAAGUGUUUAUGUAAUGAAGGUUAUGAACUGACUCCAGAUGGCAAGAACUGUAUAGAUACUAAUGAGUGUGUCGCUCUCCCUGGCUCUUGUUCUCCUGGUACCUGUCAGAAUUUGGAGGGGUCCUUCAGAUGCAUCUGUCCCCCGGGGUACGAAGUGAAAAGCGAGAACUGCAUCGAUAUAAAUGAAUGUGAUGAAGAUCCCAACAUCUGUCUCUUUGGUUCCUGCACCAAUACUCCUGGGGGCUUCCAGUGCAUCUGCCCACCUGGCUUUGUACUGUCUGAUAAUGGACGCAGAUGCUUUGAUACCCGCCAGAGUUUCUGCUUCACAAACUUUGAAAAUGGAAAGUGCUCUGUACCCAAAGCUUUCAACACCACCAAGGCCAAAUGCUGCUGUAGUAAAAUGCCGGGAGAGGGCUGGGGGGACCCCUGUGAGCUGUGCCCCAAAGAUGACGAAGUUGCUUUCCAGGACUUGUGUCCUUAUGGCCACGGAACAGUUCCAAGUCUUCAUGAUACUCGUGAAGAUGUCAACGAAUGCCUUGAGAGCCCAGGCAUUUGUUCAAAUGGUCAGUGUAUCAAUACAGAUGGGUCUUUUCGCUGUGAAUGCCCAAUGGGUUACAACCUGGAUUAUACUGGAGUACGCUGUGUGGAUACUGAUGAAUGUUCCAUUGGCAAUCCAUGUGGGAAUGGUACAUGCACCAAUGUUAUUGGGAGUUUUGAAUGCAACUGCAAUGAAGGCUUUGAGCCAGGGCCUAUGAUGAAUUGUGAAGAUAUCAAUGAGUGUGCCCAGAACCCACUGCUGUGUGCUUUCCGCUGCAUGAACACCUUUGGGUCCUAUGAAUGCACAUGCCCGAUUGGCUACGCCCUCAGGGAAGACCAGAAGAUGUGCAAAGAUCUGGAUGAAUGUGCUGAAGGGCUCCAUGACUGUGAGUCUAGAGGCAUGAUGUGCAAGAACCUGAUCGGCACCUUCAUGUGCAUCUGCCCACCUGGCAUGACACGACGGCCAGACGGAGAGGGCUGUGUGGAUGAAAAUGAAUGCAGGACCAAGCCAGGAAUUUGUGAAAAUGGGCGCUGUGUUAACACUAUCGGGAGCUACAGAUGUGAGUGUAAUGAAGGAUUUCAGUCAAGUUCCUCAGGCACCGAAUGCCUUGACAACCGACAGGGACUCUGCUUCGCUGAGGUGCUGCAGACCAUGUGCCAGAUGGCGUCCAGCAGCCGCAACCUUGUCACGAAGUCCGAGUGCUGCUGUGAUGGGGGGCGAGGCUGGGGUCACCAGUGUGAGCUUUGCCCGCUUCCUGGAACGGCCCAGUACAAAAAGAUCUGUCCUCACGGCCCAGGAUACACCACCGACGGAAGAGAUAUUGAUGAAUGUAAGGUGAUGCCAAACCUCUGUGCCAAUGGUCAGUGCAUCAAUACCAUGGGCUCAUUCCGAUGCUUCUGCAAGGUCGGCUACACGACAGACCUCAGCAGCACCUCGUGUGUAGAUCUUGAUGAAUGUUCCCAGUCCCCGAAACCAUGCAACUUCAUCUGCAAAAACACAGAAGGGAGUUAUCAGUGCUCCUGUCCUCGGGGCUACGUCCUGCAAGAGGACGGAAAGACCUGCAAAGACCUUGAUGAAUGUCAGACCAAACAGCACAACUGCCAGUUCCUCUGUGUCAACACACUGGGAGGUUUUACCUGCAAAUGUCCGCCUGGUUUCACACAGCACCAUACGGCCUGUAUUGACAACAAUGAAUGUGGGUCUCAGCCUUCACUUUGUGGAGCAAAGGGAAUUUGUCAAAACACGCCUGGAAGUUUCAGCUGCGAAUGCCAAAGAGGGUUCUCUCUCGAUGCCACUGGACUAAACUGUGAAGAUGUGGAUGAAUGUGAUGGAAACCACAGGUGCCAACAUGGCUGCCAGAACAUCCUGGGAGGCUACAGGUGUGGCUGUCCUCAAGGGUAUAUUCAGCAUUACCAGUGGAAUCAGUGUGUUGAUGAGAAUGAAUGCUCCAACCCCAGUGCCUGCGGCUCUGCUUCCUGCUACAACACCCUGGGGGGCUACAAGUGUGUCUGCCCCUCAGGAUUCUCCUUCGACCAGUUCUCCAGUGCCUGCCACGACGUCAAUGAGUGCUCGUCCUCCAAGAACCCAUGCAAUUACGGCUGCUCUAACACAGAAGGGGGCUACCUCUGCGGCUGCCCGCCCGGGUACUACAGAGUGGGACAGGGCCACUGUGUCUCAGGAAUGGGAUUUAACAAAGGGCAGUACCUGUCCCUGGAUGCAGAGGUCGACGAGGAAAAUGCUCUGUCCCCAGAAGCAUGCUAUGAGUGUAAAAUCAAUGGCUACUCUAAGAAAGAUGGCAGACAGAAGAGAAGUGUUGGGGAACCCGAACCCACUGCCGUUGAACACAUUAGCCUGGACAGUGUUGACAUGGACAGCCCCAUGAAAAUGAAGUUCAACCUCUCUGGCCUUGGCUCGAAGGAGCACAUCCUAGAACUCGUGCCAGCCAUCGAGCCCCUCAACAACCACAUCCGCUAUAUCAUCUCCCAAGGGAACGACGAGGGGAUCUUCCGCAUCCACCAGAGAAAUGGGCUCAGCUACUUGCACACGGCCAAGAGGAAGCUUGCGCCUGGCACGUACACACUGGAAAUCACUAGCAUCCCUCUCUACAAGAAGAAGGAGCUUAAGAAACUGGAAGACCGAAAUGAGGAUGACUACCUCCUAGGGGAGCUCGGGGAGGCUCUCAGAAUGAGGCUGCAGAUCCAGCUUUAUUAAACCCUUACAGACUUGGCUCCAGGCUCCAGUCCCUGCACAGCCAGCCUGCAGCAGCCUCAGAAAAAUCAGCGAUUAACUGCAAAGAGGGGGAAAAAAGACUUUUGUUUCUUUCCUCCCUGUCUCAGACUGCAGAAUGUUGACCCUCACAGGGAGGGGUAAUUGAGACUCUGGUAUGGCCAAAGAUUUGAGUACAAAGGCAACCGUGGUUACUGUAUUUUUUAUAUAACUUCACUUUAAAAUAUAUUAAAAGAAAACUAAAACUAAAUGUUCAAGAGAUCAGCAUAUGGCACUAAAUGCACAAAAAUAAUGUGAGCUUUUUUUUUUUUUUCCUGUUAGCAGUCUGUAACACUUUGGGUAUUUUGCUAUAGUUGCUAAUUAAAAAAAAUAUAGAUGUUUAUUUAUUUUUAAUGCAGUAAUAUAUGGAGAAAUGAACAAACUAUGUAAACAAAAAGGGAAACUCACUUGUUUUUCUUUAGAUUUAUAAAUUUGAGCUAUUUCUUUUAGAGGUGCUUUUUAAAAAAUCCAGUAGAUUCAAGAGAGGUUUCCUUUUGGUUUUCUGCCAGGGGUCCAACUGGUACCCAUCUGACGAUUUUUAAAGAAAGCCUCCCAGAGCUGUAAGGGCAGCAUAAUCAAUAACUUAAAAGACGGCCAAGUCAUGAGAUCCUUCAGAAAGGAGAUCAAAGCCAGAGCAGCUCGCGGUGACGAUCGUUCCCAUCACCAGACACACACCAGGCAACCGAAGAUGAAGCACAACCACUGUAGCAAAAUACCUUGACUGCUUGUGAGACCAGUAGCGUUGCAGGCCAAACCGUACUGUAUUUCCUUCAUAUAACCUCAAGGAAGCACAUGUGCUCCCCACAACACCUCAUUCCUAUCCAGGGUGGGCCGCGCUCCCGCGGCACCGGAGGCCGCCGAGGCGCGGCCAGUCCUCUGCCAAGGAACGCCUGGCAUUCUGUAGUGUUUGGUGCUGUCUUAGAUUAAUGGUGCAUUUAUUAUGUUCAAGCUGUUUCAGGAUUGCCAUAUGUGCAAACAAAUCAUGCAGUACAGCCGAGGAAUAUAUGUUGUUGUUGUUUUUUUUUAAAUCCAUUUUUUUUAGAAUUUUCAUUAAUACUGUAGUUAUACACCAUAUGCCUCAUUUUAUCAUAGCCUAUUGUGUAUGAGAGAUGUUUGUACAAUGAAUUGAUGUUUAGUUUGCUUUAGUCAUUUGAAAAGAUUCUGUACCAGGACGUGCUGAUAGAAGAACGUCCCCGUGUACUUCUCAACCCAAGAACCUGUCCCUGGACCAGUGACCAAACCUCAUAUGUGAAAUGGCCAAAGCGCGUGCAGGCUCCAGGUUGCUCCUCUCACACCUGUGCUGACCAAAGAUUCAUAACCAAUUUAUAUCCAGUUGGGGGUUUUGUUUUGUUUUUUUAAUACCUAAAAAAAGAAACAGUGUAAAUUUGUAAUCAAGUGUUUGUGAGGAAAAACUUAUGGUUUUUGGUUUUGUUUGUUUUUGUAGUUCUGUGUAUCAAAUAUGACACUUUUCUUGCAAUAAAGCUUAUUUUGGGGUA